AGUUAGCAGUCUAAGGCGAUAACUUAUUGAUUUUUCAUAUACAUCAGCUAGGAAAAACGGAAGGUUUGAAAAGUUCCGUCAAAACCGCAAAAAUGGGAGCCGCUUUCUUUCCCGUGCUGUUUUUCACCGCCUUGUGGGGCGGCGUGGGCAUCGCCAUGCCCAUAAUGACCCCCAAAGGACCUCAUCAGAACCUUAUUCGCUGCAUCCUGAUGCUGGCCGCCGCUUGCUGCUGGCUCUUUUGGCUCUGCUGCUACAUGGCCCAGAUGAACCCGCUGAUUGGACCCAAACUGAAGCGGGAUGUGGUGGCCAUGAUUGGAAGGUCCUGGCACAACGAAAUCGUGGCUGGCUAAAAUGGAUUUUAAUUAAUUAGUUAACUAAAGUAUUCCAGCAAACUAACCAACUAAACUGUUUAUAUUGUGUUGUAAAUAAAUUGUGCAAGUACUCAAUGUUCUGAACUGUUAGCUGUUUAAAAUCCCAAGUUAAAGUAUUUACAGUUUGGAAAAUGUUUAAGAAUAUUGUUUACUUUUUGUUGUAAAUAAGAAAUGAAAAUAUCUAUUUUUUUGGUCAAAAAGGACUUGUUAAGCAAUACUGCAAAACUACAAUAUUGAACAAAAUUGUUUACAUCAUUGAUUUAUUUAUUUGGAAUAUUUUUGUUUAACCAAUUUCUUGUCCAAGUUAAAAAUAAAACAAAAAUUUAAAAAGGAGAAAUAUAUAAUUAUGGCCACAACACA